GUCAGGGGGUGGGGCCUAAUAUACAAAAGCCCUGGGCCAGACUAUUUGAAAUUUCUUUCCCAUUUAGCUGGCAACCUUCCCUCCAGCUUACCUUUUUGCUUUAUCCCUUAAAUUGUCAAGCUGUUGCUGAACUCCUGCAGGGGAAAUUCUUGUCCUCAGGUUAAUUAUCUCGCUAUGGACCUCACUAUGCUAAAGCCAUCCUGGCUCCAAUCAGCCAACCCAUUCUGGGUGGGGCAUCGCCUAGCUGGCCCAAGAAGAGCAGAAGACAACCAGCCUUUUCUCAACCAGUCCAUCCAGACUCCAAUCCGGAAAAUCCAGUCCAGUCGUCUAACCCCCUCACCCCUUACCUGGGUAAAUGUAUAAAGGGCAGCUCUCAAUCUGCUUUAUCUGGCAGAACGGGUUGGAGUUGGCUAGUAUACAGUGGACAGAAUCUGAGCUGCUGGAAAGGAGCCGUUUCCAGGGAACAUGGCAGAGAAGGGGUCACCGUUUGUUGUGGGCUUGUUGGUGAUGGCUAAUAUUGUGAUUAUGCUUGCAGGGUUAGCCCUAUAUGCUGAGUCUGUCUGGGUGACAGCCGAUCCAUAUAAAGUGUACCCCAUCCUGGGGGUCUCGGGCAAAGAUGAUGUCUACUCGGGUGCCUGGAUCUCCAUCUUCACUGGUUUUGCCUUCUUCUGCGUCUGUGUCUUCGGCAUUAUCAGCCUGGUGCGUGGCAAUCGCCUCAUGGUUUUACUGUAUCUGGUCCUGAUCUUGGUUGUCUACUUGUUUGAAUGUGCAUCUUGCAUCACAGCCUACACUCACCGGGACUUUGUCAUUUCGAAUUCCAAUUUGGUCACCAAACAGAUGCUGACCUACUAUUCUGCAGACACGCACCAAGGCCGGGAGCUCACCCAGAUGUGGGACCGCUUCAUGAUGGAGCAACAAUGCUGCGGCACGAACAGCCCAAUGGAUUGGGUGAAUUAUACCUCAGUCUUCCGCAGCAGGUACCCCGAGGUGGUGGCCCCCUGGCCAUUCUACUGUUGCAAGCGGGAUCCCAACUUCAUCAUCAUCAACGAAGAGGGCUGCAGAAUGGGCCAUAUUGACUACAUCAAUACCAAGGGCUGCUUUGACCACAUCAAACACGCAGUAGACAGCUACGCCUGGGGGGUCUCCUGGUUUGGCUUUGCCAUCCUGAUGUUCACGUGCCCUGUGGUCCUUCUGGCCAUAUACCACUACACCACAAUGUGAGGCACCCCAGCUGGUCAAGGUGCUUUGCAUUGAGUGACGGAAGAGGACCUUAUUUUGCUAGGCAGAGCAAGAGAUCCUCAGCCACCUUUCUAUGGAGACCUCUCUGGGUAUCCUCGUACCCACCAUCACACACCAAAAUGUGUCCUUGAAGACUGACCUUAUCUCCUCCAUCUGGCCAUGGCUGGUCUUGCAUUCUGGCCACUUCAAUUUAUCAUCCUUUCACUGUGGUCUCUUAUGGAGGAAUCUUGACAAUUUCUUUGUAUGCUUUUUUCUGUUCUUCAAAUGUUUCAUAAAUGUGAUUUGAAAGCCUGA